UUCACAGAAAUUUCGGAAUUCCAUCUGCUGGGACUUUCAGAGGACCCAGAACUGCAGCUCCUCAUCUUUGGACUUUUCCUGUUCAUGUACCUGGUCACUGUGCUGGGGAACCUGCUCAUCAUCCUGGCCACUAUCUCAGACUCCCACCUGCACACACCCAUGUACUUCUUCCUCUCCAACCUGUCCUUUGUGGACAUCUGUUUGGUCUCUACUACUGUCCCAAAGAUGCUGGUGAACAUCAAGAUGCAGAGCAAGGUCAUAACAUAUGAAGGCUGCUUAAUACAAAUUUACUUUUUUAUAUUAUUUAUAGUGUUGGACAACUUCCUUCUGGCUGUGAUGGCCUAUGACAGGUACGUGGCCAUCUGCCACCCCCUACACUACACAGUCAUCAUGAACCACAGGCUCUGUGGAUUGCUGGUGCUGGCAUGCUGGGUCACAAAUGUCCUGAAUUCCUUACUAGAAACCUUAAUGGCAUUGCGGCUGUCCUUCUGCACAGACCUGGAAAUCCCACAUUUUAUAUGUGAACUUAAUCAACUGGUCCUGCUUGCAUGCUCUGACACUUUUCUUAAUAACAUAGUGAUGUAUUUUGCAGCUUUGCUUCUGGCUGGUGUCCCCCUUGCUGGCAUCCUUUACUCCUACUCCAAGAUAGUGUCCUCCAUCCAUGCAAUUUCAACAGCUCAGGGCAGGCACAAAGCCUUCUCCACCUGUGCGUCUCACCUAUCUGUGGUCUCCUUAUUUUAUUGCACACUCUUGGGAGUGUAUCUUAGUUCUGCUGUGACCCAAAACUUACGCUCUACUGCAACAGCCUCAGUGAUGUACACUGUGGUCACCCCCAUGCUGAACCCCUUCAUCUAUAGUCUGAGGAAUAAGGACCUCAUCAGUGCUCUGAAAAAAAUUUUGAGGAUAAAAUUUUGA